ACCUUACUGGGUUUUGUGAUAGUGCUAAGUUGCUAACUUAACCACACCACAAGCCACAGACACAAAAGGGGAAGUGGUCAGAACAAAAAAAAAAGCUCUCUCAUAAACUCUGGCAAAGAAUCAGAGAGAGAGAAGGAAAAGAAGAAUGGGAUGGGAAACUUAAAUUAGAGAGGCAGCACAGCACAGCACAGAAGGUCAUGGCGGCGUUUGCAGUGCUGAAAAUCGCGCUUUUGUGAUUGAGGCUUUUAUUAAUGCACCUUGCCUUGGUGCCGCUGGCCGAGAGAGAAUGAGUUGAAGGCUGCUGCCCCCGAUACUGUUUCUCCUCUGUCCUCAACCACAACCCUUCUAAUCAAUUCCACUCUUUAACCAGCCACCACACAACACCUACCUCUACAUCUUAAGCAUACAAGGAGAGAGAACAAAAACAAAACACAACACACGCGCACACACAAAAACCAAAGAAUUUAAGAGCAAAAAAAAAGAAGAAAACUAUCCCUAGUUGUUGUGCGGUUCUCUCUCCCAAAUUGUGGACGCAGGGAAUUAAUUGAAGCAGAAGCAGUUGUCGUGGAUUGGAGUAUUUUAGUAAAUUAAUUAUAAUUGUGUUGAGCGUAGAGUGGGGUUGGCUGGCGAUCGAGGUAGUAUUGUUCUUGAUAUGGAUUUUCGAAGGUCGGGAUCAGUAGAGGAGGCAGAAGAAUGGCGGGUUUAUUCUCACUAGGGGGUGGUAGUAGUAGUAGAGGGAACACCCAACAAGAGGAAAUUCCUCCUCCGGAUACCUUAUUCUGGUAUAACAACAAAAAUGAUGACGUUUCCUCUUACCACCGAGGUGGCGGGUUUGAGUUAUGGAACCAGCAACAACUCAUGGGCCAGGGCCCUCCUCCUCAACCGCGGCCUCUCUUUCACCAAGAUGUCUACUCCGCGCUGGGCGUUGGGCCCAGCAGGCCCAUCUCAGACGAUCAGUCGUCGUCGAGAUCCGGGUUCAUGCUUGGAAGCGCAGGAGGAGGAGGAGGGAUUAGCUGUCAGGACUGCGGGAACCAAGCCAAGAAAGAUUGCCCUCACAUGCGGUGCAGGACGUGCUGCAAGAGCCGCGGCUUCGAUUGCCAAACCCACGUCAAGAGUACUUGGGUCCCCGCUUCACGCCGCCGCGAACGAUUACAACAAUUCUCCGCUUUGCAACAAACCCUCGAACCACCUUCUUCUGGAGGAGGUGACCUUCCCAAAAGGCACAGAGAGAGAGACCAUCAUUAUCAUUCUCCUCUCGCCUGCACUCGCUUCCCUUCAAACCCCUUGUCCUCAGGGUUAGAGGAGGUGAAUUUCCCGGCUUUGGUGAGGUCCGAUGCGGAGUUCAGAUGCGUACGUGUGAGCUCCAUGGACGAGGAGGCGGAGGAGGAGUACGCAUACUCAACGGCUGUAAACAUUGCAGGACAUGUUUUCAAAGGAAUUUUAUAUGACUAUGGUCCAGAAGGUAACACUAAUUACAUGGCUGGUGCUGGGGAAAGCUCUUCUACUGGUGUUGGUGCCUUGAACCUAACCACUGGUGCCAUUGUUUCUGAGCCAAUUGUUGAUCCUUCUUCCUUGUAUACGGCUCCUCUUAACACCUUCAUCCCUGGUAGCGAAUAAUGGGAGGUGAUAAUUUUCGUACUGCUUCAGCAGCAGCAUAGAUAGCAGUACCAUAGGGUGAGCCUGACGUGUGUAGGAGCCUAGUGUGCACCAUAAUGGAAUGGUGGUCUCAGCUCUGUGGCAUAGCAGUGGUGGUGGUCCCACCAAAACUUCUUCUGCUGGUUGGUUAGGGAUGACUCUGCCAUGUCUUUCUUUCUUCUUCAAAUAAGUCUUUUUAGCUAGUGAGAGAAUUAAGGAAGGUGUUUGUGUUGUUAAUUACAACGGAAUAUGGGGAGAGGAGAUUUAAGGAUUGAUAAUGUCAAGGUCGAAAAUAAUGCACGUAUGGAACAAAGUGAUCAACAAACCCUCGUAUUUAUUUGAUUUACUGAAUAUUAUGAUAUGAAAUAUUCAAAUGAAUUAAUGCCUGUUG